UCGAGAAUGCCGCACGUGUAUUUCUCACGCUCCUCGUUGUGUUAUCCCAUGUGAUAAAAUGGGAGUGUUAGAUAGGACCGCGUCAGCGUUCCUAACAGUAGCACACGCCCUGUCAGUGCUCAGGCCUGGCGGGAAGAGUCGGGAUGGCCAGCACAAACUGAACGUGACUGUUCACGAGGGGAAGGUCGGCCGCCAGAGCCAGAGCAAGUAUCUAGUGACACUUCGUGUCGGGAAAGAAAAGAAGACAACAAAGAAGAAGAGAUCAGACGGUCUCCUCUGGGAUUACGGGGCCGAAUUCUUACACUGGACGCCGGCAGACCCACUGAUCCUUAAACUCCGCAAGGCAAAGCGGUGCAAAGACAAGACCGUCGCCGUGCUUUCUCUAGAUGUCGCAGCUGCAAUAGAGUCGGUGGACGGCUUGCCGAACCGAUGGUGGUAUGCCUUGGAUAGAAUCGACAAAAGCGGGCGUCAGAAGGAAGAGGCAUUCCUGCAAGUCACGGUGACUGUCGAUGGUGUGGAGGGGAAACUUGGUUCUACUCAGGACCAAGACCGUGCCAAGCCAGUCCAGGAGACUGUGCAGCCAGCAGCGCCAGAGAACCCAGAGACCACCUCUCCACCAUCCGCGGGCGGAGAUGCCGUAGCCGCUCCCUCAUCAACAAGCUCGGCGCCCAGUCAGUCUGCCAAGCCGUCUACCAAAAGAAAGGUCAAGCUAAGGCGAGAGCAUGGUCGAUCAAUUUCCCAAGAUGGGGAGACAAUUCAGUAUACCCAAGAUCGGGAGAUAAAUAAUGAUACCCAAGAUGUGGAGAUAAAUAAGGAUACCCAAGAUGGGGAGAUCGAUGAGGAUACUCAAGAUGUGGAGAUCGAUGAGGAUACCCAAGAUGGGGAGAUUGAUGAGGAUACCCAUGAUGUGGAGAUCAAUGAGGAUACCCAAGAUGGGGAGAUUGAUGAGGAUACCCAAGAUGUGGAGAUCAAUGAGGAUACCCAAGAUGGGGAGAUUGAUGAGGAUACCCAAGAUAGGGAGAUCGAUGAGGAUACCCAAGAUAGGGAGAUUGAUGAGGAUACCCAAGAUGGGGAGAUCGAUGAGGAUACCCAAGAUGUGGAGAUCGAUGAGGAUACCCAAGAUGGGGAGAUUGAUGAGGAUACCCAAGAUAGGGAGAUCGAUGAGGAUACCCAAGAUAGGGAGAUCGAUGAGGAUACCCAAGAUGGGGAGAUUGAUGAGGAUACCCAAGAUAGGGAGAUUGAUGAGGAUACCCAAGAUGGGGAGAUCGAUGAGGAUACCCAAGGUUGGGAGAUCGAUGAGGAUACCCAAGAUGUGGAGAUCGAUGAGGAUACCCAAGAUGUGGAGAUCAAUGAGGAUACCCAAGAUGUGGAGAUCAAUGAGGAUAUCCAUGAUGGGGAGAUCAAUGAGGAUACCCAAGAUGUGGAGAUCAAUGAGGAUACCAAAGAUGUGGAGAUCAAUGAGGAUACCCAAGAUAUCAAUGAGGAUACCCAAGAUGUGGAGAUCAAUGAGGAUACCCAUGAUGGGGAGAUCAAUGAGGAUACCCAUGAUGGGGAGAUCAAUGAGGGUACCCAAGAUGUGGAGAUCAAUGAGGAUACCCAAGAUGGGGAGAUCAAUGAGGAUACCCAUGAUGGGGAGAUCAAUGAGGAUACCCAAGAUGUGGAGAUCAAUGAGGAUACCCAAGAUAUCAAUGAGGAUACCCAAGAUGGGGAGAUCAAUGAGGAUACCCAUGAUGGGGAGAUCAAUGAGGAUACCCAAGAUGGGGAGAUCAAUGAGGAUACCCAAGAUGUGGAGAUCAAUGAGGACACCCAAGAUGGGGAGAUCAAUGAGGAUACCCAAGGUGGGGAGAUCGAUGAGGAUACCCAAGAUGGGGAGAUCGAUGAGGAUACCCAAGAUUGGGAGGUCAAUGAGGAUACUCAAGAUGUGGAGAUCGAUGAGGAUACCCAAGAUUGGGAGGUCAAUGAGGAUACUCAAGAUGAGGAGAUCGAUGAGGAUACCCAAGGUUGGGAGACAAGUCAGAAUACCCAAGAUGGGGACACAGAAGGCACAUUAGAGAUAACCUCUACUACAGGAAAGGGCAGGCCACGCUGUUCCUCAGUCUCAUCGGAAGGAGAGGCGGGAACGUCAGAGAGCAGCCGCCGCACGGACACAUCACCACCGUCCGCAGCCGGCGAUGUCGCAGACGACAAGCCGGAGUCUCCCCCAACAACAUCCAGCCCACCUGUCUCAUCCAACACACCGGACCAGACCGGUACAAGCUGCAAAUGGGAGGGUGAUGUCAUGGCGGGCCCAGAGGGUCACUCAUCUCGUGACAAGGACGUGGACGUCUCCCCUGUAUCCAUUGAUGUGGACAUUUCCACUGGAUACAUGGACUCCGGACGGGGUGAAGACGAGAAGACAGAGUCUUCCCCAACAACAGGCCAGACAUCCAGACCACCUGCCUCAUCCAACACACCGGACCAGGCAGCUACGAGUGGCAGUGGAGAGGGCGAUGUCAUGGUGGGCCCAGAGGGUCACUCAUCUCGUGACAAGGACGUGGAAGUCUCCCCUGUAUCCAUUGAUGUGGACAGUUCCACUGGAUAUAUUGACCCCGGCCGGGGUCAUGACCCAGUCGAGCCCGGGUUCUCCGAGAAGACGGUAACGUUAGAGAAGCCGGGGACUUUAGAAGCGCUGAAAGAAAUGAUUGAAGGCGCGGAGCUCGAGGUUCCACAAAUGGCCACUACUGUGGACAACGACUCUGGACAGGGUCAAGUUGCAGACGACAAGCCAGAGUCUUCCCCAACAACAAGCCCGACAUCCAGCCCACCUGCCUCAUCCAACACACCGGACCAGGCAGCUACGAGUGGCAAAGGGGAGGGCGAUGUCAUGGCGGGCCCAGAGGGUCACUCAUCUCGAGACAAGGACGAAGAGAAGCCAGAAACGUCAGCGGAGCUGAAAGAAAUGAUUGAAGGCGCGGAGCUCGAGGUUCCACAAGUGGCCACUACUGCGGGCUGCCACACAGAGGACAACUCCGGACGGAGUCAGGCCCCAGCCGAGACCGAGCCCCCAAAAGACACGGUGUCACCAGACAACUCUACCAGCGACGCGGACUCAGACAGGCCUGACACGGCAUCAUCUCCACAGGGAGGAGGAGUGACUCUUCCACUUACCAACCCACCACCCCGCCACAAGGAUGCAGAUGACCCGACGUACGAAUUAUUAAUCUGGUCAAUCGAAGACAAGUGGGGGGACAUAAUGUCGAAGAGACAGUAUGCGGAUGAACUUUAUACUUAUGCCAACACCCUCCGAUCGAAGCUCGAGGCGACCGUCCCUCACGUUCUAAAUUACACCGUCAUUAAAAAUCUGGCGGCAAAGGUGCCCAAGUGCCCGGAUUACGAGUUACCAGACACACAGGGGAUGAGUUUAGAGGAUCUUCAACACAUCAGAGACACUCUGACUAAGUUAUUGAAAAAGGAAGAGGAGCGGGCAACGUACCUCAGACGAUGGUACAUAGAUGAAUUAUGUGCAGUGGCCAUGCGGGAAGCGCCUCAAGUCUUGGAAACACUAAAGUAA